CUUAUCCAUAUCUCUAACGCUACGAACAUCCCCACACUCCCACAACUACGAUAGUCAUGGUACAAGGCGUAUCCAUCAACACCCAGGUCUCCCCCCAGGCUCAGGAGCAUAUCCUUACCGAGGAGGCACUCAAAUUCCUUGCUGCUCUUCAUAGAACCUUCGAGUCCACUCGCCAGAGCCUCCUUGUCGCUCGCGAGUCUACCCAACAACGUCUUGACUCAGGUCUUCCACUAGACUUCCCUGCUGAGACCGCACAUAUCCGCGCUGAGCCAUCAUGGCAAUGUGCUCCUCCGGCACCCGGACUCGAGGACAGGAGAGUCGAGAUUACGGGCCCGACAGAUAGGAAGAUGGUUGUGAAUGCGCUCAACAGUGGCGCGAAGACGUUCAUGGCUGAUUUUGAAGAUGCUUCUUCGCCAACGUUCAAGGCCAUGAUCGAGGGUCAGGUCAACCUCUACGAUGCCAUCCGCCGCCAGAUCGAUUUCGAAAUCGGUGGCAAGUCGUACAAACUCUCACCCAACCCCGCUGUCCUCAUCGUCAGGCCUCGAGGCUGGCAUCUCGACGAACCCCGCGUCACCGUCGACAACACUCCCAUAUCCGGCUCCCUCUUUGACUUCGGCCUCUAUUUCUUCCACAACGCCGUCGAACUCGUCAAGCGUGGCUCCGGUCCUUACUUCUACCUUCCCAAGAUGGAGCACUACAAGGAGGCACGGCUGUGGAACGACGUCUUUGGCUUCUCGCAAUCGUAUAUCGGCAUGUCGCACGGGACUAUACGUGGGACCGUGUUGAUUGAGACGCUGCCUGCGGCGUUCCAGAUGGAGGAGAUCUUGUUCGAGUUGAGGCAACAUUCGUCUGGUUUGAACUGUGGACGAUGGGACUAUAUCUUCAGCUUCAUCAAGCGCCGUCGUGCUGACAGGAGCGCCGUCCUCCCCGACCGAAAAGACGUCACGAUGGAAAGCGGCUUCAUGGACUCCUACGUCCGUCUCCUCAUCCAGACCUGCCAUAAGCGCAAAGUCGCGGCCAUGGGCGGAAUGUCCGCUCAGAUCCCCAUCAAGGGCGACGAGAAAGCCAACGAGAUCGCUAUGGCCAAAGUCCGUGCCGACAAGUAUCGCGAAGUCUCGAACGGACAUGACGGGACUUGGAUCGCUCACCCGCUCAUCAACAAGAUCGCGAUGGAGAUCUUCAACGAGCACAUGAUUGGUCCUAACCAGUACCACAUCCGUCGCGAAGACGUCCGCGUCACCGCCGCCGACCUUCUUAACACCAAAGUCCCAGGAAAGAUCACCGCCGAAGGCGUCCGCGGCAACGUCGCCACCUCCCUCGCCUACUCCGGCGCCUGGCUCGGCGGCAACGGCUGCAUCCCCCUCAACUGGCUCAUGGAAGACGCCGCGACCGCCGAAAUCACGCGUGUCCAGCUCUGGCAAUGGGUGCACCACGGGUCGAGGCUGGAUACGGGCGAGCCGAUUACGGCGGAGUAUGUCGAUAAGCUGGUGGACGAGGCGGAUGAGGAGGUGAAGAAGGCGGUGCCGGGGAUUAAGGAGGAGCAUUUGAGGAUCGUGAAGGAGUAUUUGAAGACGCAGGUGAGGAAGGCUUGGCCGAGUGAGUUUUUGACGAGCGAUUUGAUGCCGUAUUUGGCGGCGGCGGAUGGGGUGCCGGUGAAGUGGCAGAAGAGCUCGUUGUAGAUUUCUGUGUGCGGUUCCUUGGGUUGUGGCCUGAGCUUUUCGAAGGAAUGUACGAUGUUACCACCUCUCAGUUUCGUGUCCUAUUAGUUUUGCGGUCGCGAAGUCAUGCGCUUUUGUAUUAUAGUAUCUGACAGCUCUGUAAUGUUUAACGACUUUCAAUGAUACGAGCCACUAUUCCCCAGACC